AUGGAUUGGAUAAUUUCGGACGAAUUAGGGCUUACUGUGGGCCAUCUGGUAGGUUGGGUAGCAGCUGGUGCUAUGAUAGUAGGUGGCGUCGCCCCUUACAUCCCACAGUACUGGCAAAUCAAGAGAACACAAGACGCUGAAGGAUUCUCUUUAUACGUGUGUUUAACUCUACUAAUAGCAAAUACAUUGAGGAUAUUGUUUUGGUUUGGUAAACGCUAUGAGACUCCUCUAUUAAUCCAAAGUAUAGUAAUGAAUGUCACAAUGUUUGUGAUGAUACACCUCUGUGUCAAUGUACGAAAAAAGAACCAAAUUAUUAGAGCUAGAGAGAGAAUAUUUACAGGUGCAAUAUUCAUGUUAUAUAUACUGUUGUGUUGUGUAAACGGCUCAGACCAGCCGGAUCAAACUGCACGCUGGCUGAAUCAGCGCAGCAGCAUCAGUGGUGGGGAGAAGCCACAUCGCUUCUAUGAUAUGGAAAGGAAGUACUUCUGGGCCUGGACAGACUUCCAAAGCUAUAUAGACUGUAUGCUGGUGUUCUCGGUACUAGGAGGAGCGUUAACGUACCUGCUAAUAGAGUUCUCACCAUUCGUGGAACUUAUUGGGUUUCUCGCUCUAUUCACCGAGGCCAUGCUUGGUGCACCUCAGAUAGCCAGAAAUCAUAAGAAUAAAAGUACUGAGGGCAUGAGUGUUAGCAUGGUGAUAAUGUGGACGUGUGGUGAUUUGUUCAAGACUGCAUACUUCGUAUUAAGAAAAGCGCCUCCUCAGUUUUGGUUGUGUGGGGGCCUUCAAGUCUCAUUAGAUAUCGUAAUACUCUCUCAAGUGUGGUGGUACCGCCACAACACCGCGGCGGCCAGACGGGUGCGUCGGGGCGACUAG